CGGAACCGGAAGUAGUGGGGGACGCGUCGGUCCCCAGCAUGGCGGCCACCUGGCCGGCUGCUCCGGAGGCCGUGGCCGCCCAGCUCCUCGGUGUCCUGUGGUUCGUGUCAGUCACCACGGGACCUUGGGGAGCUGCUGCCAUCGCCGCCGCUGGCGGCGAGGAGACGCUUAAGUGCGAGGACCUCAAAUUGGGACAAUAUAUUUGUAAAGAUCCAAAAAUAAAUGAUGCUACACAAGAACCAGUUAACUGUACAAACUACACAGCUCAUGUUCCUUGUUUUCCAGCACCCAACAUAACUUGUAAGGAUUUUGGUGGCAAUGAAACACAUUUUACUGGAAAUGAAGUUGGUUUUAUCAAGCCUAUAUCUUGCCGAAAUGUAAAUGGCUAUUCAUACAAAGUGGCAGUUGCGCUGUCUCUUUUCCUUGGAUGGUUGGGAGCAGAUCGAUUUUACCUUGGAUACCCUGCCUUGGGUUUGUUAAAGUUUUGCACUGUAGGGUUUUGUGGAAUUGGGAGCCUAAUUGAUUUCAUUCUUAUUUCAAUGCAGAUGGCCACUUGGGUUGUUUACAUGUUUGGGCUAUUGUGAAUCAUUCUGCUAUGAAUAUUUUUGUGUAAGUAUCUAUUUAAGACCCUGUUCAGUUCUUUUGGAUAUAUUCUUAGAAGAUAGACUUUUUUUUUUUUUUAAAGAUUUUAUUUAUUUAUUUGAGAGAGAGAGAGAGAUUGGCAGAGGAGAGGGAGAAGCAGGCUCUCCACUGAGCAGGGAGACCCAUGUGGGGCUCGAUCCCGGGAUCAUGACCCAAGCAGAAGGCAGAUGCUUAACCGACUGAGCCACCCUGGUACCCCAAGAUAAACUUUUAUAUAAAGCUAAUUGAAGAGAAUAUCUUCAUGAUCUUAUAUUGGUUAAGUCUUUUUAAACAAUAUCCCUAAAAUGUAAAUCAUAAAGAAAAAAAAUUAGUGAAUUUGAUUACCUUAAGAUUAAGAAAUUCUAUUUUAAAAAAGAUACCAUAAGCAUAGACCAACUUAACACUUAAUAGACUGAAUAAAAGGAUACUAGCAACAGGAAUUGAUAUGAUGAAUAUACAAAUAAUUUCUGCAAAUCAACAAGAAAAUAUAGAUCCUAGUAGUUAAAUGAGUACAGUGAACUAAUAGGUGAUUCACAGAAUCACCCAAAUAACUAAUAUGUAAAUAAAUACUUUUGGGCAUUUACUCUAAAAAAGUUGUACUGCUGUCCACAGGGGUCAUGUGCAAAGAUUUUGUCUGUUGGAGCCUGUUUGUGGUAGCAGGAAGUUAGAAUCAACCUAGAUGUGUACACUAAUAAGAGAAUGGAUACAUCCUUUUUAACACUAGGCUGCAAUUACAAGCACUUACCUAGAUGUACAUAUGCUACAUGGAAAGGUCUUAAAAUUACAGUAUACUGUGAGAAUAGUUUAAAACUGAACAAGGUCCACAACAAUAUUAUUUGGAUAAGUUAAAAAUACAUAUUUAAAGAACAUGUUUUUUAAAAAUAAAUAUGUAUCCAGCUCAUAUACCAAAUUAAGUGUAUGCUCAUUAUUUGUGUGGGUAGGUGGUGAGUGGGGAUUGUAGAGAAUUAGAAUGGAGAUCAGAGGUAAAGAACAAAAAAAGGGAAUUUGGUGACCACUUCUUAACAUUCUCAACUUUAAUGUGUAUUCCUAAGUUUCUUGGUUUAUUCUUUUUGCUGUAGACUUUGUACCUAUAGAAAAACCUACCUCUUAAAGUAAACAAGAUUUUUUGCAUUUAAGCUGCUAAAGAGAAUCAGAAACAAAGAAUUUAAAUUCCACCCAAUGCCUCCAGACCACCACCAUUUCCUUUUUUUUUUUUUUUAAUAUUUUAUUUAUUUAUUUGACAGAGAGAGACACAGCGAGAGAGGGAACACAAGCAAGGGGAGUGGGAGAGGGAGAAGCAGGCUUCCCGUGGAGCAGGGAGCCCGAUGCGGGGCUUGAUCCCAGGACCCUGGGAUCACGACCUGAGCCGAAGGCAGACACUUCAGGACUGAGCCAUCCAGGCGCACCGCCCCCCCCUCCCCCAUUUCUGUAGGAGAGUAUGGUAGGACAAAAGUUACCCAUGUUAAAUCCCGGGAACCUGGGAAUAUUACCUUAUUUGAAAACAGGGUCUUUGCAGAUGUGAUUAAGUUAGGGAUCUUGAUAUGAAGAAGUCAUCCUGGGUUAUCUGGGUGGGUCCUAAAUCCAAUGACAAGUGUCCUUAUAGGAGACAGAAGAGGAAAAGAUAGACACAGCAAAGAAGGCGUUGUGAAGACAAAGACGGAGAUUGGAGUGAUAUGUCCAUAAGCUACAGAAUGCCAAAGAAUACUGAUUGCUGUCAAAGGCUAGAAGAGGUUUAGAACAGAUCCUCCCCUGAGAGUCUCUAGGGUAUGGGGCUGUUGCAGAUAACCUUGAUUUUAGACUUCUGGCCUUAGAUCUGUGAGAGAGUAAAUGUCUACUGUUUUAAUCCACUAAGGUUUAUGGUAACUUGUUACAGUAGCCACAGGAAACUAAUAUAGAGGAUAUGAUGUUGUUUUCUUGUGGUUUUAAGGCUUCUCACGCAAGAGACCUUGAUACCCAUUGUACAAAAUAGCUUCCCACAGUGUAGUGACCCUCCUGUUUCCCCUUUUGGAAGAUGAAGACCUGUAGCAACCUCUUGGUCCAUGAAUUGGACCCAUAGAUUAUAGAAAUAUUCCCCAGUUUAUCAAAUGGAAAUACUUCAUGCUGUAGAAUUUGGCUUCAGGCUAUUUCUUAGCAGAGAAACAAACAUAAUUUUAGGUUUCAUACUCUGUUGCCAAUAAACAAAUGGACAUUGGCAUAUCUAACUGAGUAAAAAAUUUCUCAGCAUGGGAUAUUUUUAAAGACUUGUAAUUUUAUAAUUAACAAUUUAAUAAUAUACUCAUAAUAAAGGAAUUUAUAAUAGGCACAUGUAUUGUACAUAAGUAUAUAUAAGAUGCUUAAAAACAUUUAAUUUUUUGAUUUUGGUGAGAAUAGUUGAAAAUUUUGCAACAGAUAGUUUUCUUAAACGUUAAGUAGGAUGAACAAUUUCUUCUUUGAUGGCAUAGUUCAAAGGAAAGUAUAUUGAUAAUACCUUGUAGAUGUGUUUACAUUUAAAUGUCAUAGUCAUAUAAGAUGUAGAACUUAAAAAGUACCGUAUAGAUCAGCUUAUUCUAUUCCUCUUUAUAUGGAUACAAAAACCUGAGAUCCAGAGAGGAUUCCUCCUUUUCCAGUUCUCCUUUCCUCUGGUGCUUUCCCACAGUGACCGAAUUUGUCUUUGGGGCACCUCUUCAGGUUGUUUUAGCAGAGAGUAGCUGUGCUUUGGUGAUCUGGCAGUAGUGAGGGGGGGCGCUGAAAACUAGUGCAUUAUCAGGUGUUUUGGCUACAAGUAACAGAAACCUCAAUUUAAAUUUGCUUUCUUUUUUUUUUUUAAGAUUUUAUUUAUUUAUUUGAGAGAGAGGAAUGAGAGAGAGCAAGCACAUGAGAGGGGGGAGGGUCAGAGGGAGAAGCAGACUCCCUGCCGAGCAGGGAGCCCAAUGCGGGACUCGAUCCAGGGACUCCAGGAUCAUGACCUGAGCCGAAGGCAGUCCCUUAACCAACUGAGCCACCCAGGCGCCCUAAAUUUGCUUUCAUAAUACGGUAGUUUACUCUAUCAUACCAAGAAUCUAGAUUUAAGGUAGUUAUAAGAUUUGUUAAUUUAGAGCUGAAAGACAUAAUGGUGGACCCUCCCUCCCAUUCUCUUCCCUUCCUUCCCUCCUAUUUCUCCCUCUCUCCUUCCUUCUUUCUCUUUGCCAUCUUCAGGUCUUUUGGUUAGCAUCACUUCAUUAUAUAGUGACUGUCCCCAGCAGAAAGAACCCAUGUCCCCCCCUACAUAUUUUCUUAAGGUCAGAUAUGCCAACAGUGAACUUGCAUCAUCGGUGGUUGGCCAGAAUUAGAUUCCAUGCCUAGGCAGACCCAGUCUCUGGAAGGAGGAGUGGAAUUCCCGUGCUAGAACUGGUUGUUGAGGAGCCACAGUGACAGAGUUUGAGUGGAGAGAAAUGGUAAGAAAAUGGCUGAGUUAGAUACAGAGUUAGAUCAUGUAUUACCAGGUAAUAAAACUGUAUCCUUCUGGGCUAUCUUCUCUACAGAACAGAGGAAACAAAACAAAAACACAAAACAAACACCUUAUUAUUUUUCUACAUGUUAACUACUGACUUUACAAGAUUGUAAAACAUAUGGGUCCUAAUUGGCUUUAGUUAGUUUUACAUUUCCCAAGAGAGGCAAGUGAGCCUCAGGUAGACUUAAUAGAAAUGCAUGAUAUGAAAAGGUCACCUAAUCAUGUAUUUUCCUUUUUCCAGCCUUGAAUACUUUUUUUCAACAGGAAUAGGGGAGAUGGCAAAGGAAGAAAAAGAGAAUGGGACAAAAGGCCUGGUCCCAAGCUAUGCACAUAUUCCUAAUUAGGCAGUUUUUUGCCAUAUGAUUUGAUUUAUUUCUACAGGCUGGGCUUUAGUUUUUCUUUGUCCCCCUCGUCCAGUCUCAAAACACAUUGUGACUCCUAGUCACUCGUUCUUCUCUUUCUCGGCUUAAUGCUCAGAGUAGUUUCCUGUGGGACCUUGACCACUGAAAAGGUUUUAUUAAAUUCUUUUUUAUUUUUUACUUUUAAAAAAAAGAUUGAUUUAUUCAUUCGAGAGAAAGAGCAGGGGUAGGGGCAGAAAGAGAGAGAGGGAGAGAAUUUCAAGCGACUCCAGCUGAGUGCAGAGCCUGACCCAGGGAUUGAUCCGAAGACCCUGAGAUCAGGACCAGAGCCGCAAUCAAGAGUAAGACGUUUAACCCACUGAGCCACCCAGGCGCCCUGAGGUUUUAUUACAUUCUUAAAUAACAUUCAUAAAUAUCAAACCAAAUUAAUUUAAUCUUUGGAAAAUAAGCAGAGUGCAUAACAGUACCCAGCAUGGUAUUUAGCACAAAAGUGCUUUGUGUUAUUUGAAUAUUAAUAUUUAUAGUUCACUAGUAUAAGCUCUUCGUGGGCAGAGAUUGUAUCUCAUUCACUGUUAUGUGUAUAAUGCCUAGCACAGUGCCUGGAGUGUUGUCGGAAUCCAGUAUUUGUCAAAUAGUUUUAAAAAUCACACUUAUUGGGGCGCCUGGGUGGCUCAGUUGGUUAAGCGACUGCCUUCGGCUCAGAUCAUGAUCCUGGAGUUCUGGGAUCGAGCCCUGCAUCGGGCUCCCUGCUCGGUGGGGAGUCUGCUUCUCCCUCUGACCCUCUUCCCUCUCGUGCUCUCUGUCUCUCAUUCUCUCUCUCUCAAAUAAAUAAAUAAAAUCUUAAAAAAAAAAAAUCAAACUUAUUUUUAAAACGAAGCAUGCACUACAACAGUAUUCUUCAAACUCUGUUUGUAUGACCCCUGAAAGAAUUUUUAAAAAAAUCCCUACCCUCCACACAUUUUUAAGUUGACAUUUAAGUUUUCCAUCAUAAGUUUAAAUAGUUGCAAAGGAUAUAAUUUCUGGUUUGCAAAUAUUGACAUAUUUAAAUAAAACUGUUAUAUCAAUUUAAAAAUGUAUCCAACAGAAUAUAAAUACCAUAGAAUUUUAAAUAUCAUUCAUUUAAAAAGACAUGAAUGAACCCUUCACUAACCAUUUGUGAUUUUUACAUAGUUUCUUUUUCUCCUUGAAUUUGUAUUUCUAGUUCCAUUCUCCCACAGAAUUUUAUCCUAAUGUAAUAUUUUUUAAAAUUUUAUUUAUUUUAUUAUAUUAGUCACCAUACAGUACAUCAUUAGUUUUUGGUAUAGUGUUCCAUGAUUCAUUGUUUUCGUAUAACACCCAGUGCUCCAUGCAAUAAGAGCCCUCCUUAAUACCCAUCACUGUGCUCACCUAUCCCCCUACCCCCCUCCCUUCUAAAACCCUCAGUUUCUCAGAGUUCGUAGUCUCUCAUGGUUUGUCUUCCCCUCCGAUUCCCCCCCCGUUCAUUUUUCCCUUCUUUCUCCUAAUGUCCUCCAUGCUAUUUCUUAUGUUCCACAGAUAAGUGAAACCAUAUGAUAAUUGACUUUCUGUAUGUUUUUUAUGCUUGAAAAAUCUUCUGCUGAUCAUUUUCAUUAUCAUGAUUUUCAUGAUUCAUUAAAAGAUUAUAAAAUUUUCUGUAAUUACUGGAUUGUCAUUAUAAUUGUUGAUACACAGUUGAUCAAAACAGCAUAAGCAUAUUACAUAUUAUAAAAAUGAUUUAGCAAAUUACUUUUAAGCAAAAAAAGUAAAAUGUUACUGGGAAUGCAACUUUUGAAAAAGAUGAGGCAGAGCGAGCAUAUUUUUGGACUCUUGAUUAAAGGAGAUUUCCUGAGGCGCCUGGGUGGUUCAGUUGGUUAAGCAGCUGCCUCUGGCUCAGGUCAUGAUUUCAGGGUCCUGGGAUCGAGCCCUGAGUGGAGUUGGGCUCCCUGUUCAGCGGGGAGCCUGCUUCUCCCUCUUCCUCUGCCACGCCCCCUGCUUGUGCUUUCUCUCGCUCUCAGAUAAAUAAAUAAAAUCUUUUUAAAAAAUGAUUUAAAGGAGAUUUCCUGAAGUCCAGUAUUUUGACUUAUCUCUUUGGCUCAUCAGAGGCACUGUUCCAUCAUAAUACCUGCUUUGAUGGCACGUGUGGUUUAUUGUCAUCAAGUUUCUCCUGGAGAAAGGACCACAGGGAGAGGGAAGUGGGAAGGGAACUCUGCCCCCACCAUGGCUUGGUAUCAGGUGGAUCACUUUUACAAAGAGUAUUUAUGGGAAUUAAGGGUCUCAAAAUUGAUUUCCUUUAAAUCAUCUGGGCUCACAUACAUCUUGGUAAAUCUUUGUUUGCCCCUAAGGCUACAGUUUGAAGAUUGCUAUCUUUUUUUUUUUUUUUUAAGAUUUUAUUUAUU